CCGCAUAUAUUCGUACUUUUCCGGUAAAAUUUCGUAAGCUUGUCAUGUUUUUCUGAGGACAAACAAAUUUUGUACGCAGUUUCGCCUGUUUCAUUCAGUGAUUGAACACACUUAAGAAAAACAUAUUAUAAACCAUACCAGUGAUCUUGUAAAGCUUUCUGUAACAGAUUAACUCAUUAUUCGUCAAAUAUGAGUAGCAUGAUAUUGGCAGGGCUUGGGCUUGCAGCUAUUGGAUUUGGAGGUCGAUAUGCAUUAAGAUACGCAAAGAAUGCUGAACAGAUUUUAAAGAAAGUAGAGAAUAUUCCGUCAGGGGCCUUCAGUAAAUACUACCGUGGAGGAUUUGAACAAAAGAUGACUAAAAGGGAAGCCAGUCUUAUUCUUGGAGUAAGCCCAACUGCAUCACAAGCCAAAAUCAAGCAGGCACAUAAAAGAAUUAUGUUGCUAAAUCAUCCUGAUAGAGGUGGCUCCCCAUUGCUAGCUACAAAAAUAAAUGAGGCAAAAGACUAUUUGGAGAGCAAGAAACCUUGAUAGAACACCUGGUGCUCCAGACUGCCUGUGAUACAUAUCCCAUAUAGAAACAACUGAGUCUCGUAUAAGAAAACAGUGAUUAGUGCUGUGACAAAAACUUUAUUAUAUUCAUCAUCAUUACAGUCUAGAAUCGGCUUUAAAGUCCUUUUCAAGUGUUCACAUUAAACAUAUAUUGAUAAGUGAUAAGCGAGUUCUUCUGAAGGCAAAUAUUAAGUGUCAGUCUUUAAUUACCACAAUGCCUGGCAGUAUGCCAAUGACCUGCCAAAGUGUUGUUUAAAAGCACCUCAGUUGUUUUAUAUUUAUCAUAACCCAAAAUGGUUUAAAUUAGGAGAUGAAAAUAUGUUCAACUUGAUAGCAUUCUGGUUAGUGACUUAUGAUACAGUUACAGCAUAUAUCACUGUUCAAAUAGACCAGCUGCUGUUUGUGUGAUGGAUGAAUAAGUUCAGAGUUUCAAAAAAAGAUGUUGUUUGAAUACGGUUUAUACCUGAAUAUAGAAGACCUGAAUGACAUCAAAUUUUCAUAUUUGAUAUCAGAACUUGCUGUAAAGUAAGUGAAUAUCAUGGAUAAGAGUAUUUUAUGAGCGUUUGUUCUGCUGUGCAAACAGAAUGACAUCAUCAACACAGAAUGACAUCAUAAAUAUGGAAUUACAUCAUAAACCUGGAAGUACAUCUUGAACAUAGAAUUACAUCUUAAACGUGGAAUGUCAUCAUGAAUAUAGAAUGACAUGAAAUUGGAAUGAUAUUUGUAAACAUUGUCAACAAUCAUCAUGUUUUCAUAUAGUUUUAGAAAUUUGAAUAGUCUUAGGUCAUCCUAUAUCGAAACUAUGUUUAAAAAAAUUGUCAUAUUAUUUUUUUCACCACGGUAACAUUUUUUUAAAAAUGAAUUGUUAAAUGCCUUUUGUUUCCUCUCCUUAUCAAUAAACUGUCACUGAAACUUGUUAUGUACCUUUUUUUUAAAACUCUUUGUCAUUCCGUAUAUAGAAAGUUUGAUGUUUUGAACAAUAUUCAUGCAUUAUGUUGUUAAGUUGCAAAUGUCAUGGUGUAUAAAUAUUGCAUUCCUGAGAGGAUGCUUUAUGAAAAAAUAUUCACCUUAAGAAGUAUUAAUAUUGAUAAUGCAUCAUACAAGGGCUUUAUUUAUAUUUUGAGAGGUGAACAUUUUUCAUAUCACCUUCUUUGGAUUGAAAGAAAAUGUUAUACGGAAAACAUAAUCAGUCUUAAACAUUUAUGAAAAAAUUUACAUGAUUUGUUCAGUAAAAAGUGGAAUAUUAGUAAUUGUUACAAUAAAAUUUGAAUAUA